GCUAACACAAGAUGAGAUAACCUCAGAGGCCAUAGCAUCAUCCAGCGCAGACAUGACUGUCAAGAAGCCUCCCGAGCUUUCUGAGGAUGAUACCCGGCUAAAACACGAGAGAGACAACUGUAGUGCCAAAGCCCUGGAGCCUAUCACCAGCUCUCUUCCCUCAGAUCACAAAAACAUGGAAAUUGAGGUCUCUGUUGCAGAAUGUAAGAGUGUUCCCGGAAUCACCUCGACUCCACAUUCCAUGGACCACCCCUCCCCUUUCUACUCAACCCCCCACAAUGGCCUCCUUGCUGAUCACCACGAAUCUCUGGAUAAUGAUGUGGCCAGAGAGAUCCGAUAUCUAGACGAGGUGCUGGAGGCCAACUGCUGUGAUUCUGCUGUGGACGGAACCUACAACGGCACAUCCUCCCCGGAGCCUGGAGCAGCCAUCUUGGCAGGAAGCCCAAGCCCGCCCGCCCCCACGGCUGUCCAGCCGGAAGUCCCCGAGAGGGCAGCCGGGAGACAGGCUCCUCCUCACCUUGAGCUCCAUCAGAGCGACUCUGACACCAUGGCCGAGGGCAGAAGAGCCAACGGCCACCCCCCUGAGCAGCCCCGAGAUGCACUGGGGGACAGCCUGCAGGUGCCCGUGAGCCCCAGCUCCUCCACCAGCUCGCGGUGCUCCUCCCGGGACGGGGAGAUGACGCUCACCACGCUCAAGAAGGAAGCCAAGUUCGAACUGCGUGCCUUCCAUGAGGACAAGAAGCCCUCCAAGCUCUUCGAGGACGACGAGAGUGAGAAAGACCAGUACCGUGUCAGGAAAGUGAGGCCUUCGGAAGAGAUGAUGGAGCUGGAAAAGGAGAGGCGGGAACUCAUCCGGAGUCAGGCCGUGAAGAAGAACCCCGGCAUUGCCGCAAAAUGGUGGAACCCUCCUCAGGAGAAGACCAUCGAGGAGCAACUGGAUGAGGAACAUCUGGAGUCGCACAAAAAGUACAAGGAGCGCAAGGAGAGGAGGGCGCAGCAGGAGCAACUGCUGAUGCAGCAGCAGCAGCCCCCACCGCAGCUCUGCACGGCCCCCGCCUCCUCACGGGACCGUCCCGGUGUGACUGACCACCCAAAGGAGGACAUCGUCACGGAGCAGAUAGACUUCUCCGCGGCGCGCAAACAGUUCCAGCAGAUGGAGAAUUCCAGGCAGACAGUGGCCAGGGGCCAGAGUACACCCAGGCUCUUCUCCAUCAAGCCCUUCUACAAACCUCUGGGGUCCAUCAACUCAGAUAAGACACUGACCAUCUCCAGACCAGCUUCUGUCGGGGCACCUCUGGAAGACUCCUCAGCAGCCAAGGGGCAGAAAGCCCACUGUGCCCCAGAGAGUCAGUCUUCUGGAGGAGGGGGCCAGGGCAGCACAGCUCCCCAGGGAAAGGAAGGGCCGUACAGUGAGCCCUCCAAACGCGGGCCCUUAUCCAAACUGUGGGCAGAGGAUAGUGAGUUCACAAGUGCUCGGGCCGUCCUCACCGUGGUCAAGGACGACGACCCUGGGAUCUUGGAUCAGUUUUCAAGGUCAGUCAACGUCUCUUUGACUCAAGAGGAGCUGGACUCUGGUUUGGACGAGCUGUCGGUGAGAUCCCAGGAUACCACCGUCCUGGAGACCCUGUCCAAUGACUUCAGCAUGGACAACAUCAGUGACAGUGGGGCCUCCAAUGAGACAACCAAUGCCCUGCAGGAGAAUUCACUGGCCGAUUUUUCUCUGCCCCAGACUCCCCAGACUGACAACCCCUCAGAGGGCCGAGGAGAAGGGGUCUCCAAGUCAUUCAGUGAUCAGGGUUUCUAUUCCCCUUUGUCCACACUGGGAGACUCUCCAUCGGUUGAUGACCCCUUGGAAUAUCAGGCUGGCCUCCUGGUGCAGAAUGCCAUUCAACAAGCCAUCGCCGAGCAAGUGGACAGAGCUGGGUCUGAAACCACCAAGGGCGGAGCAGAGCAACAGGGACCUCAAGCAAGUCAAGAGAAGGCUGGCCCGAGUGCUCCCAGCUCAGAGAAGCCUCAGAGCAUGUUUGAACCACCUCAGGUGUCCUCCCCUGUUCAAGAGAAAAGGGAUGUAUUGCCAAAGAUUCUGUCUACUGAAGACAGGGCACUCAGGGAAAGGGGGCCCUCCCAGCCACUGCCAGCGGUACAGCCCAGUGGCCCAAUAAACAUGGAGGAGACCAGACCGGAAGGGAGCUACUUCAGCAAGUACUCAGAAGCCGCUGAGUUAAGAAGCACAGCCUCGCUCCUGGCCACUCAAGAGUCCGAUGUAAUGGUUGGGCCCUUCAAGCUGAGGUCCAGGAAGCAGCGGACUUUGUCCAUGAUUGAAGAAGAAAUCCGAGCAGCCCAGGAAAGGGAAGAGGAGCUGAAGCGGCAGAGACAAGUCUUGCAGAGUACCCAGAGCCCCAAGGCAAAGAACGCCCUAUCACUGCCCUCCCGAACGUCGUGCUACAAGACAGCUCCAGGGAAAAUAGAGAAAGUCAAACCUCCUCCAUCCCCCACACCUGAAGGUCCCAGCUUGCAGCCUGACUUAGCCCCCGAAGAGGCUGCCGGAUCGCAGCGGCCCAAGAAUCUGAUGCAGACCCUCAUGGAAGACUAUGAGACACACAAAUCUAAAAGGCGCGAGAGAAUGGAUGAUAGUAGUUACACCUCUAAGUUACUGUCUUGCAAGGUGACUUCCGAGGUCCUUGAGGCCACACGGGUUAAUCGAAGAAAGAGCGCAUUGGCUUUGCGCUGGGAGGCGGGGAUCUAUGCCAACCAAGAGGAAGAAGACAAUGAAUAAUCAACUUCCUUCCACCCAGGAAGCUUCUUUGGUGCUUGGGUUCCCAAGAAACCAAGAAAUCAACUCAUCAAAGCAUUUUAAUAGAAUAUUUAUUAAAGUGCAAACGAACUCAGCAAUCCUUAUGCAGGCCAGAAGUUACAAUUUACAGUGAUGAAAAAAUAAAGUGAAAAAGCAGUCCACCCAUCAAACUCGAACUCCUGGGAGUCAAAAGAAAAAGGAUUUUGUGUGUGUGUGAGACUCAAAGGAUCGCCUGGGUUUGGACCACAGUUGAUCCCAAAGGACAAAGAAAUUACGAGCAAACCGACAUGGUUGCUCCAGGCAGAACCGAGACCGGGCUGCUGGGUGAUGAGGAAAACGGUGGAGAUGUAGCCAUUUGGAGAAUCUGAGAAGCUGGGGCUGUCCCCCUGGCAGAGGGUAUUUCCCCUGUGCCUGCACUGGUUUCCCACCCACGGCCACAUCACGGGUGUCGGACCAACUCCAUCCACUCCAGCAGCCAUAAAAUAAGGUUUCUCUCUCUAUUCGCCCAGAAGAGGCAACUACUGUCCCAUAUCUCUUUCAUUUAAUUGUUUUUAAUUAGGAGCAGUGAAUGAUCACAAUCUGUAUUUUGAAGACAAGAUUUCUUCCUGUUGCAAACACAAUCUGUUUUACAUUAGGAGGUUGAGGAAGUGGGGGCAGAAAGCCAAACCAAAUAGAUUAUUUUAGCUUUAGGAUCUUGUCUGCUUAUGAUACUGACUGAGCUACAGUUUAUGAGAACACAUUUUCACAAUUCUGUUUCUUUAUAUGAAGACUAUAUUUAGUGGGCAACAACUAUUUUUAUGAUGGGGUGGGGGAAUCUAUCCAUAUAUAAAACCUGUAGACAUUGAACAGCAUGAUUCAAGAGGGGAGGGGUAUUUUUAGAGUGGCAAUAAUUGAAAAAAGGGCGAACUCUGCCUUGGAGAGGUAGAUGAGAAGUAAAGAGGUGUUUAUAACUAUAUUUUAUAUAUAAAGUGAACCUUCAAGGGAGUAGGAAGAUGAUAGAUUAUUUUGGAUCAGUCAGGAAGGAAAGGAAACAGUAAUGAAAGCUCAUGAAAGGUAGAGAAUGAGGGAGGGAGAAAGAGUGGGAAAAUGAGGAAGUAAGAGAGAUUAUUUUUGCUGAGCAACCAGUUAUUUUUCAGGAUGAUACAGAGAAAAAUAUAGAAUAGAAAUUUAAGUGCAGGCUUAGGAUCAGCUACAAAUCCUAAAGAUGGGUGUGUGCGUGUGUGUGUGCGUGCGUGUGCGCGCGCGCCUGUGUGCCCACACAUGCCUUUGUGUAUUUUCACAAAGUGCAUGAAUGCUCACGAGUAAGGGUGUGUGUGUGUGUAUGUGUGUGUGUGUGUGAGAAUUAAAAUUCCAGAAUGGUCAUGGGACAAAGAUGUUCACUUAUUUCCUCCAAAGCUGUUUGCCAGUGUCAGGAGUGAGCGAGAAUUUCUUUUUUAUGAAAAGGAUAUAGAGGCUCCGAGCUGAUACAGUAUUUGUAAUAUCAAGUUGACCUAACAUGGUGUUUGCAUGAGUCACAAUGGCAAAGUUUUGAGCAGUUUUGUAAUUUGACAUUUAGGAAAGUAUCAUAUUUAUUCUCGCGCUUUGUAUUCAUGCUUAGUAUAGGCUAAAGGAUGCCAGCUUUACUCUGUCUUUUAAAGCAAUAUGAUAAGGGUAUUCAAUCAUGGAAUGCCCUCAAUUUCUGGAUGAGAAAUUUUUUAACUCUGGCCAUGAGAAGAAACUGACCAGCAUUCUUUUUUUUUUUUUUAAUUAGAGGAUAAUUACAAUAUUGUGCCCUUUGUUUUACAACUGUGUUUUUUUUUAAAAAAAAAAGCAAUAAGUAAGUUAGACCUCACUAAAAUUCCUUUUUGUUUUUAUAUUGUUCUGUCAUAAGCGCUAAUAGGUUAUUCUGACAAGGAGCAGUUCCACAAAAUUCGUAUGUAGAUGUCAUGCACACUAUCUUUGCUUCUGUUAUUAGACUAAUGUCGACUUUAGGGGAAAGUUUAUUCAUAAACAAGUGGUGGACACAAAGUAGAAAUGGAACUGUCGGAUAACUUACAACUUUGAAACUGCCAAGGGAACCAGCAGUUUGAAGCCAAAUUCUACAGAUGGGUAAUUAGCGCCAUCUUCAAGUGGUUCAUGCCCCUGAGCAUUCCGAACGAAGAGUCAACAAAAUGUGCUAGCCACUGGAGAUACGUGACAAAUAAGAUCCCUGUCGUUAGGAAUUCUUUUUUCAAGUGGGAGAGGCUGGCACAGAGACAGAAGUUCCCAGGAAAAUGAGAUGAGGAGUCCUGACCGGUGCCGUGGGAGUACCCUGAGGAUUUCCAGCAUUGUUCCCAAGACAGGCACAGGAGUGACCACUGAUGGGACAGGAGCAUUGUGUGGCCCAGGGACACGGGCUGCUUGGAUGCCUGGAGAGCAGAGCGUCCCAUGCUUCAUGAUUUCUGGACUAACUCUGGAUCUGGUCAUGACCGCAGACUAGAUACAGAUGGACUCCCCAUCUUUCGAAAGAGUCCUCAGGACUUACCUGAAGUGUUUGGUUCUGUUUUGAAGGCAACUGUGUACCCACCUUAAUCCUCCAUUUGAGAAGAGAAUGGGCAGCUGAAAAGAAAGUUUAGAAGGCCACGCAAUUCCUGCAGUUGCUGUGGAGGCAGAUAAAUCGGUCUUUGACUACAGUUGAUUGAACCAGACACACUUAUUGCGUAGUCACAGAGUUGGGAUCCUUUGGUCCAUGCUUUGAGUAGGCAACAAAUCCAGCGUUUCUGUGACCCCCUCACAGUCACAAAGCCGUUUAACUGUGGCCCCCACAUCUCCAGCCUUUGCUUGUUCCCGUCUGCUGCCUUCUGAUGACUGCUGAGUUACAACCCUGUUAAAAUGUACAUUACAGUUCCCUUGGAAGAGCCAGGUUUUCUCUGCGCUCUUGAGUUUUUUUAUUCAUUUAAGAAACAUUGGGCCAUGGCUUUGUACAUAUCACUCUGCUAGGCUCUGGGAUCCCAAAUGAACCCCUUAAACUGUGUGAAGAUGCAGCAGACCUGGAGGAAAAUCACUCCUGCCUCAUCCAUUGAGAGGAAGAGGCUUGUCCACACAUUGGCCUCUGAUGCUCAUCCCUGCCCCCAAAUAGCACGCAAGCUUGUUAAUCUCAGCUAGAACAAAUGUUUAGAUUCCGUAGAUGUUAAAAGCUUUCCUAAAAGUAUUCCAUCCCACAGUGUUUAUAGAUGUCCACUUUCCUCCGGAACUGAUUACCUACUGACAUUCCUUGGCUUUCUCAUCCAGAAAUUAUGGAAACAGGGUCUGUCAGUGGCAGGAGGCUGGGCUGUGUCCAACGCUAAGGACACAUGCAGUUUCCUUGCCUUUUUACACCUGUGCAUGCUUCCCACCGUAGACAGUGAUGUAUAAGCCGUAUAUAGCUCAGUGUCCACAUAUAUACACAACACACACACACAGCAUAACAAGGAACACUAAAAACAGUGUUGACUCUUGUCUCUGAAGACAAAUAAUUUAACAUUUUUUCCAACUGAAGAAUGGAUGUCAUUAAACUAUGUAUUGAAAAAAAAAUAACCUACGUGUUUAGAGAUGGUGACUAUAUCCAGUUUUAGUGACAGAACCAAUUUCCUGAAUUUUAAGCAUUCAGUGAGUGAGCUGCCAAUUUUAAUUUUGUGUUGCUCUUUACCCAAAUGACUUUUUUUUUUCCCCUUUUUUGGAGGAGGAGGCAAAAAGCAGCAAUACUGUGUUUGAAAAUGAUCCUCUGGCUCUCCUGUGUAUGUUAACCACUUCAAUGUUAUUAUCCUGCUUUGGUUUUAUAGUGAUUGUGAGGCAUUCAAUGCAAGUAUACAAUUAUUUUCUCAUUAAAA